AUGAGCCCGGAAGAUGAGAAAGCCGCAAAACGCGUAGAGCGGCUCAAGCAGCUGCAGAUGGAGGACCUUGGGUCUGCUAGACGAGAGUUCAUUUCUACCUCAGACAUCAAGAAAAGAGAGAACGUUUCGUUACAAUUCCUGGAGGCAGGUCGAAUGUCAAAUGUGCGGGGCACUGAAGCACAGCGACAAGCCGAAGCCAACAAGGAACAGCUCUCAGCAUGGUCCAACAUCUACAAAGGCAUAGGUGACACCGAAGAUUUGGAAAACUUGGACAGCCUUCUCAGCGGGCAGACCCAUCGGUUCCAGUUAAAUGCUGCCAUUCGCGGAGACAAUGUUCAAUUCUACACACAAGGAGUGGGAAAAGGCAAAUCUGCAUCGAAGUUGGCGCCAAACCCUUCGACGCACGCAGGAAAACAUACCGGUGUGGUGGCAUCCAAAAACCACCAGCCCUUUGGAACUUUGGCCAGUACUGGUACUUCUGCUGGAGGCAAGAAUCGCGAAGCAUUCCCGAAACAGAUCACUCUAGCUCGAAAGCCUUCAGUGAAUAUCUUGCGGAAUCCUAGCAGCGAAAACCAGAAAACCAGAGAAAGGUUUGACUCGCAGAAUCACUCUGUAAACAAAGGAGCUUCAGGCUACAAAAGACCACCUCCUGCUUCUCUGAGGACCAGAAGACCAGCGCCCGAGUUUGUUGGGGAUAUUUGUUCCCCAGCAAGUUUCCUGGCUGCGUCGCGCAGUCUCUUGAAUCUCAUCCCCGUGGAGACUGCAUAUGUUGCUAGUGAAAGUGCUUCUAAUGAUCAUAGUGGCGAAAAAGCUCCCUCAAGCACUAAGCAGCCUCCGCAGAAGAAACUGUGCACUUCAUCGGGCUUGAGUGAAUCAAUUCAGCAGCCUGCGGAUGAGAGGAAACCUCAUCAAGAUCUAUCAUCUAAGCUGUUCGAAAAAUAUGUCCUUCCGGGCAUGACUUCACCAAAUCAUACGAUCCAUGGGGCUCAUGAUAGCAGAGCUUCUACUUCCCAAAAGAAGCCAACUACCUCCCUGAGUGAUUCAAUUCAUAAGACCAAUGACGUCAAACCGCACCCUAUGCAACCAUCAGGGCUAGUCCUCAAGCAUCCCACGAAAGAGCAGGCUACUUCCCUAAAUCGCUCAGUCCACAGUCCGAAAGAUGGCAGUGCUGCCGAUUAUUAUACCCCUUUCCACUCCCAGGCAAAACAUCCCCAGAAUGGGUCGCCAACUUCCACGGUUCGCUCGAGCGGUACUUUCCAGGACGAGAAGACCACUAAUCAAAAAAGUUCACAGGAAUCAGCUGCAAAACCUCCCGUGAAGGUCCGACUGCCUUCUUCUUCAGACUAUACGGUUCAUGGGCCUCAAGAUGACAAAGCUUACUCAACACCGAUUUCUGAGCCAGUCAUAAACCCAGAACCGAAUACAACCCCAAUACCUCCCAAAGCUGUACAAACUGCAGUGCCAAGGGCAGCGCCCCAAGUGUCUUCCAAAGGCUCUAUAAAGCCACAGAGGGAGAUGUGCAACGCUAAGAGCACCCAAGCAACGCAGGAAAUACUUCUCGACGUUAACAUCACGCCCUCGAAGGGCUCCACACAGGAUGGCAAUGGGGAUGAUUCCUUAAUGAGCCCUUCAUUUCAGGACCUGAAAGGUCUAGAUUUUGCGCCACCCUCGCAACAAGUCCAGACCCCAGAGCAUGAGCAAUCGCAACCGACUCCGACAAGACGGCUUGACUUCCACGUUGUUUCAUCCACGACAAAGGAGAGCGAGCCGGUCAAAAGUGAUGACCAAAAGGAUAUUAUUGAAGUGCUCUGUCAGCUUAUGGAAUCAGCAAGCCUCUCGGAAAAACAGAAAGAAAACCUACAGCAAUGCAAAAUUGAGCUCGAAAGCAAGAUCUCGAACGAUCCUCAGACGCCGACACCUAUCUUCAGUAUUAAGUCCUGCGGCCGCAGCGUUUGUUCCACGAUCUAG